AUGUUCGAAAAUGAUUCCACAUUUAAGUGUUUGAAACACAACUCUCCCUUCACUAUCGUUGUUACUGAGUAAAAUUUUAGGAGUGAAGACAGAUUACAAUGUGCCAAUUGUUGGAACAGUAAUUAAACAGGUUUGCAUACAAUACCAUUCCUCACUUUUGUGGAGAGGAUUAAGGAACAGCAAAAUUCCUUUUGUUAAAACUUAAACAUGAUAAUACUGAAGAAUUUAUCAAUCAUUGACUAGCUAAAAGUUUCAAUUAAUUCUAUUAAGACUCAAUUGAAUUAAAAAUUGACCAAUUGCGAAGAGAAAAUUUCAUUAUGGAAUGCAUAGCUGAUAGAAUUAGGAGAUAAGAAUUCAAAAUAUAGCAUACAUUCUGAAGUUGACAGAUUUAUAUAAAAUGAAAGCAAGAUGGAUUACCUAUUAGAAUUAACAAGAACUAUUAAGGAAUUGAAUUAUGAUUAUUCCAACAAAAUAUAACUCUAAUUGAAUCAUUUGAUGGACUCCACCAAUUAUCUAAAUUGUUAAUAAAGUUUGCUUGACGUAAAUUAGAUGGAUUCAGUAGAUAUAAUAGAGAGCUGUCCCUUAAUUCAAAGCAAUAUCCAGAAUGAUGCGAGGAAGAAACCUUUUUGUCAAGUUCAUAAUUAAGAGAUUAUUUAUGUCGAUUCAGAUAAAGAUGUUGACAUAGAACUGAGGACUUCUUGUUUAAAGUGUAAUAGAAGAAAUGGAGAUAACCUUGAUGAUUUUUUAAGGAAAUGGGAACACUAUAGUUAAGAAGGUAAAAGGCAGCUAAGGGAUUAAUUUUAAAAGUUAAAAUUCUAAGUAAAAAGAUAAAACAAUGAAUUGAUUUCAAUUAGAACAGAAAUAUGUCAAAUUAUUGAUCAAAAAAUCAAAUAAAAUAAUGAAAUGUUAAAGACUAGUUACGAUAAGUAGUUCUAAAGUAUUUAGGAAUUCAACUAUUAAUUAAAUCAUUAAAGAUUAAAAGAAAGUGCUCUAAAGCUAAGUAAGCAAGAGAGUGUAGUUAAUUGUGUAUAAAACCAGAAUGAGGAUUAUUGCAUUUUAACUUCUAAAAUUAAUCACAUACUCCAUAAGUUAGACUAGGCCUAGAAGAUGACUCUGUAAGAUUUUAAAGCGAUUAAACUUGAGGAGAUUUCAAGUGAUCCUCAAAACAAUAAUUCAAAAGAAGAUGCUGAUUAAUCAUGCUUUGCAGUAGCUUUUAAUAAAUCUGAUCAAAUUAUGAUCUCUGGUUCAGGAUCUAGCAUUAAAGCAUGGUUAUUUAAUGAGGGAUAAUUGGUGGAAAUAGAGAAGUUUGAGGCUCACGAUGAUAAUAUCUCAUGUUUAGUUUUUAGCCAACAUUCAAAUUCUUUUAUAUCAGGAUCCAUGGAUUUUACAAUUAAAAUAUGGAAGGAAAAGAGUCAAUUUAAAUGGGAGAGCUCGUAAGCUUAUUUAGAGCACACUGAUUUUAUUAGUUGUCUGAUCUUGAGUUAGAAUGAGGACUUUCUAUUCUCAGGUAGUUAUGAUAGAACAAUAAGAAUAUGGAAAUUGGAUUUUGGAUUGAAAUCAUUAUAGUAAGUUUAAUGUUUGGAAAAGCACACUAACCUAGUUUUUGGUUUGAGUAUAAAUAGUUCAUAAUCUUAAUUGGUAUCUUGUGGACAGGAUCAAUAGAUUUUACUUUGGGAGAAAGGAAAUGGAAAUCAAUGGAAUUUCAAACAGAAGGUUUAGUAGUCUAUUUAAGACUUUGGAUUUAGGAUAUAAUUUAUUAGUGAUACUUAAUUUGUUUGGAGUAGUAAGGGAAUUAAGGGUUGUUUAUGUUUUUUUGAACUCGAGAAUGGAUUGUUUAUUGAAAAAUAGGAGAAAUAAAUCAAUUUGGGUGAAGAUGAUUGUGAAGAUAAGGAUUUCUUUCCAAUAUAUUAUAAUACCUAGAGAAAUGUAGUGGCUAUUAAACAUAAGAGAUCUAUCUAUACAUUUAAAAAAGAACAGGAUAACAAUAUUACUCUUCUUACAAAUAUAUAAAUAUUUGAGAAUCCAGAAUUUUAUGGGUAACUUACAAAUGAUGGAAAUUAUAUGGUUGCUAUUUCUAAAGUACAAAACAAGAAUGUAUCAUAAUUUAUAAUCAAGAAAUUGCAUUAUUAUUGA